AAAGCUCUCAAUAUCGAAAAUUAAGGGCACCUAAUAAUGACCUACGUCGGUACCCAAAACCGACGAACGUCACCAAGUAGCAAGUAAAGGUACUUGUUUAUUCAGUUGGGUUGAUUGAGGAAAGGAAGAGGUUUUGGAGGCCCUCGCUGCCGCCGUAAAAUAAGGAUCCUGUCUUUUUAGCCCUAGCUAUCAGCCCUAUCCUGGUGCUUUCCCCUUUUAACUCCUCAUACCUCUUUAAUUAGAAUACCGACAAGGUCGCUUGCAUGUAGGGCGACGGUGGACAGCUAUGAUUACUGAUCUCUUGAUUGGAUAUCUCCUCAAAGGCAAUCUUUAACACCGGCAUCAAAAAUAUGCCCGAUGCAGCUAAGGAAGGGGCCGAAACCCCAGAUGUGGGGGUUGCACAAACUGGUGGCAAGGAGGCUUACACAUUUCGAUUCGUUGAAGUUGGGGAGCCAUCACAGGAUCGAGACGAAGAUGCGAGAGCAAUCAUCCGCUCUCAUGUUAUGAGAGAUUUCUAUGAAAAGAGAGAUCGCCGCAAAAGACCAAAUAAACCUCCUCUCCUCAGUGCUGCUCCAGCAAAAGACACUGGAUUACCUCGGACGCAUCGUUUUAAAGUAGGUCCGCAGGGGCUCCAGGAAUUGAAGAAGAGACGAAAGAAGAGUGAUAAUGUACCUGGAACAUCGUCUUCUGUAGUCACAAAUAACCUUGCAGCCAAAGUCAUUGCAGCUCGGUCUCCUGCUUCGCAGAAGUCGGCGUCAGGGUCUGGACAAUCCAGUCCUCAAACAUUUGAGCCCAGUGUUAGGAACGACCAACAAUCAGUCAUUGCGCCCUCUCAACCAACCUUCUCGUCUCAGUCUCGCCAAAUCGCACUGCAGCCGGAAAGGCACCCCUUCGGCUCAGGAGUCUUGGAUCCGUUCAAUACUCUACCACCAUCGGCAAGCUCGCAAACACAGCAUCUACUGUACUAUGCGGACCGCGGCAUACUUUCUUCUCGACUUAUGGGACAACUGCGAACGGAGUGGUUGUCCCUCGCUACUCAGGAUACUGCUCUCUUUCAUGUCGCUCUGUCGCAUUACGCAGGCAAUUACGGCCUUGCUCACCAGCAGAACGACCCCGUUGAAGCUUUGCGAUUUAGGAUGGAAGCAAUGAGGAUAGUCAAUGAGAGAUUAGCGGAUAUCAACAGUGCUAUGACCGAUGGCACACUUGGCACAGUCGCGAGUUUAUCGAGUUACGAGGCAACGAAUGGCACUCUCAGCGCAAUUGAGACCCAUCUGAGAGGUCUUCAAAGAUUAGUUAACCUACGAGGGGGCCUAACGCAGGGCAGCAUGAAUAAGUAUACUCGACGUUUGGUGUUGUGGGCAGAUCUCAAUUGCGCAAAUGCCCUGGGAACGAACCCAGUGUUUCCAAUACUCGAAAGCGAUAGAUGUGCGCGAGCGAUAUCAUGGUUUGAUACAGCAACCGAGGCAAAAGAUCAAUGGCCUAGUGCUGUCAUCUUCGGCGACUCUGUCCUUGCUGAAGGAGACCUGCAACGCAUGACCAGAGAACUGAAAGACGACUUUACUGCUUUGAAAUACUUUAGUGACCUUGGCCACAUUGACCGGACGAACAACGAAGAGGGCAAGAUGCAGCAGAUCUAUGACAGCGAUAAGCUGUAUUUCACAGAGAGAAGCCUUUUAACGCUGUCGAACUCAUGGGGGCCAAGCAAAUUCGCAACGUCUGGUUGCCUGGCGGCUAUAAUAUUUCUGGACAACUAUUUUCGAGGAGUUGCAUUUCAUGCGCGAAUAAUGGCAAGCCUCCACUUACGAGAACAUAUUUCAAGGCUCCCAUCGUUCUUGGGUGUUCUCGAUAUUUCUCGCCACAACGCCAACGAAGGCAGCACAAAGGCUCUCUUCUGGGUCCUAUGUGUCGGCGGCGUUGCGUCCGGAGUCCGACCUGAACGGGAUUGGUUUAUUUCACACCUGUUGAGCUUUACAGAUGCACUCGAACUCCAAAUGUGGGAGCAAGCCGAGCUAGUCUUGAAAACUUUCCUUUGGCCGAACGCUUGGUCAACUGACGGGCGAGCUUUGUGGGCACAACUUGAAGAAGCCAGGAUUACGAACAGUAUGAUAUGGCCCUUCAAUAUGGAUAUUACACCAUUGGGACAUUACCAAUGGAGCCUUCUUGAUGCUAACCAGCAUUCAGGCCAAUAA